AUGAAAAGUGUCGGGAUAAAUGUGAGAACGAGCUCAGCUGAUCCAACUGGCAUAGAAUUACGAGAUAUGGUUUCACCGUUCCGUAUAGGAAUGACAGUGAAUCCUCGAAGGCUUUCCGUGAAUGAUUCAUUCCGAGAUGUGGAGAAUAAUAUCAGAAGAGCAGUUGCUAGCUUUAAUGGAACUAUGGAUGAAAUUCAUAUGUCCGAGUCUUCAAGAGUUUCUCGUGUUGGGAUUGCUUUCGGACACAUUUGCAACUUACUCAAUGACAUGGUUUCAUCAGAAGAAGACAUGGUCGCAAGUGUAGGCUUGGAAAUCGAAAAUGGCUUGAACAAAAUCAACAGCAUGCGGUCCCAGCUGGGAAUGGAGCCGUGGGAGAACAGACGGGCACCACCAGGAUCGAUUGAAUUGAAUUGA